UUUAGUCCUUAAGUGGCCCAAUGUUUCGUUUGCUUUUGAUUGCUGCCUGUUUGGCCGUUAGUGUCAACGCCUACUCUGAGGGAGCACCCAAAGCUGCUUGUCGUGAUCUGACGCCGCAACACGGUGCCGAGCUGCAGACCAAGAAGCCGCCAUAUAGCUUCUCUGGCCCGUCACAUGUGCGCGGCGAUGAAAAGUUGACCCUCACUUUGGGAGGAGAUGAGUUCUUAGGCUUUAUUAUUCAGGCACGCGAUGGACAGAAUCGUGUUGUUGGAAAAUUUCAGGUUGUGGACACUCAGCACUCCCAGACACUGGACUGCUCGGGACCCCAGGAUACCCUGACCCAUCUAAAGGCUACUAAGGGCAGUCCAUUGAGCGGUCUGACUUUUGAUUGGAUUCCACCAGCAGGUUACAAGGGCAAUGUCAAGUUUAUGGCUACAGUGGUACAGACCGGAUUCGUUUACUGGGUUGGCCGCGUCACCAAGGACAUUGAUGUUGAGUAAAUGAUUUGGUUUCCUCAUUUGUCAAAUUGCUUUUAACACUUAUGAUUUCCCGAUUGUUUUGUUUAUUGGUCCAUUUAAAGGCUAAUAGAAUCAUUGUGAUAAAUAUUUCAUGAUUUUUUUACAUACAUGUUACAAGUUGUUAUUACAGUUGAUCACAUACCUGAGUUGGAAAACAGUAUUCUUUGCAAUAAAUUCCAUUACAAAUCUUAA